AUGUAUAAACUUUCUCUUUUAACAUUUAAAGAUGUCCUAUUAAUAAAUAGUUCUAAUAUAAAAUGUUACAGUUGUAAUGAAGAAACAUGUCCAAAACCAUGGAACCCAAGUACUGUUCAACAAGUAACAUCGAUAAGUGGUUGGUGCCUUACAUAUAGUAAAGAUAAUCAAACUAGUGAGUCUAUAUAUGCUCGAAAUUGGGCACAGAAUGAUGAUUGUAAAGAAAAUAAAUGUGAAUGGCGUACAAAUAAUAUUAAUGUUGCAUAUUAUUCAUGUUGCUGUAAUACUAAUCUUUGUAAUGGAGAACCUAAGGAAAUAACAACAACACCUACAAAUGGACAGAUGAAAUUCGUCAAUAAUACUUAUUUUAUUUUCAUAAUUGUUUUGAUAUUCUUCAUUAUAAUGAUAUAG